AUGGCGCAGUACUUCUUCGACCUUCUCUACAACUUCACAGAUUGCAUGUGCUGUUUUCCCAGUUCACCGCAACUCAAGAUCAAUAAUCGAAGCUUCAAGUUAUUGCGACUAUUAGGCGAGGGCGGUUUCUCCUAUGUCUACCUCGUACAAGAUAAGUCGAGCUCUGAAUUGUUCGCCUUGAAGAAAAUUCGGUGUCCCUUCGGUCAAGAAUCCGUGUCGCAAGCCUUAAAGGAAGUCGAAGCGUACAACCUAUUCACCUCACAAGCCAACAUCAUCCAUUCCAUCGAUCAUUCCGUCUCUACCGAGUCAGGCUCCAAGUUCCGAUCCGAUGGCGGCGACGCAGGCUCCAAGACAGUAUACAUCCUCUUGCCCUACUACCAACGGGGUAAUCUUCAAGAUGCCAUCAACGCCAAUCUGGUCAACCACACCCGCUUCCCGGAGAAGCGCUUGAUGAUGCUCAUUUUGGGCGUAGCGACUGCGCUUCGCGCCAUGCACCAAUAUCGUGUCAAGAGUGGCGCGGAAGCUACCCGCAAGGCCAAGGGCGUACGGAGGCAAGGGGACGAGGCAGAUGCGGAGAGGACAAUGCAGAUGAAACCACAGCGACGGGCAAGCCAUCGUGUGCAGCAAGAGGAGGAGGAUGAAGAAAAUGAGCCAUUGAUGGAUGAUGAGGUGACACGUAGCCAGGAGGGUGUGCAAGACGGUGAUCUGCGCCCGUAUGCGCACCGCGAUAUCAAGCCCGGAAACAUCAUGAUUGAUGACGAUGGUCAAUCCCCAAUUCUUAUGGAUCUGGGCUCUUUGGCACCCAGUCCUAUUGCUAUCACAUCCCGCUCUCUGGCAUUGGCGGUCCAGGAUACAGCCGCAGAGCACAGCACUAUGCCUUACCGUGCACCUGAAUUAUUUGACGUCAAGACCGGAUCCAUAAUCGAUACCAAGGUCGAUAUUUGGUCGCUAGGCUGCACUUUGUAUGCAUGCCUUGUCGGAAAAAGUCCAUUCGAGGCUCGCAGCGAGGAAACCGGUGGUAGUCUGAGCAUGUGUGUUCUUGGUGGCGACUGGCGAUUCCCCGACGAAAAAUCCAAUGCUACCAAGGGCAAAGGCAAGUCUGGAGGCGACGUCGAUGACGCAUCCAAGAGCAGCGGAAGCAGCACAAUCAGCGCUCCAGUCAAGGAAAUUGUUCGCAAGUGUCUCGAAGUUGAACCUUCCGAGCGUCCUGACAUUGACGAGUUGAUCGAACUCAUCAAGGAUGUUGUUAGCCAGUUGCCGGAUGAUGACGCGGCAGGUUCAUCUCAUUAA